AUGCACGAAGCUGCUGCUCAGCAGGUUCAUGCACCCCGUGCCAAUGCGCGAACGCCCAUUGGCCUCGCAAGCCAACCCGCUGUGAGCUCCAGCAAAGGUGUGGAGAAGCGUGAUGCAGAUCGAGAAUACAUUCGUUUCGAAGUAGUUGACUUUCAUUGCAAGGCGCUCUCAAAAGUUGUGCCGGCCCGGCACAAAGACACGAAAGUCUACAUGUAUUCUGGUGCACUCGCCUACGGCGCAAACCAGGAAAUAAUGUUGCUUCCAGAUGAAAUCGCUGCGGCCGGCUGUCCAAAUGCCAAGCUCGUCCCGGACUGGUCGACAGAGCAGGUUCUUCCUUGGGCGUGCCGGCCGUCAAAACACAUCGUGGUCAAACGGGUUUACUGCGAAAUGGAGGGCAUGAAGUUGGGCCCUCGAUCCCUUUGUGGCCGCAUGCUGGCCGAACUCAAGAACUUCGACGGCAAGGGCUAUGAGCUUUUAGCAGGUGGUGAGCUUGAGUUCGUCAUGGCCAAACGCCAAGCUGACUCUGUAGCCUGGGAGCCCAUGUUCAAUGGCCCUGAAAUCUUCACGACUCUCCAGUCAUGCAAGGCAAUCGACUUCUGCUACGACCUGGAGACCCACAUGGAUGCUGUGGGGGUGGAUAUCCUCACAAUGAACAGUGAGUACGGCAAAGGCCAGCUCGAGAUUACUUUCGCACCCAAGUUUGGCAUCGAGGCGGCUGACAUGACUGCCACCUUUCGAACUGGCACCAAAGAGAUGGCUCAAGACGCGGGCCUUCGUGCGACGUUCAUGGCCAAACCUUUUGGAGUAAGCGGAGUCGGGAAUGGUGGACACAUGAACUUUUCCAUCUGGAUGCCUGGUGGUGUCCGAAGCGACGCGAAAGAUGUCGUUUCCCGGAUCACCUCUGGGAAGCUCAAUGCCCUGCACUCCUCUGAAGAUGCACAAGGCAUGUCAUCGACCGCCAGGUCUUUCUUGGCCGGUAUUCUUGCUCAUGCCCCAGCCUUGGAAGCUUUGUGCUCGCCCACGCCGCCCUGCUAUUGCCGCCACGGCAACUGGGCGCCCAACCUGGCGAACUGGGGCUUCGACGACCGAACCGCUUGCGUGCGGGUCAAAGCAGACCGUCGGGGUCCGCCUGGGAGCUGCUACAUGGAGCUGCGAAUGCCUUCCGCUGCAGCAAACCCCUACCUGGUGCUCGCGGGCCUGGUUGCCAGCGGCUUGGAUGGGCUUCAACAGGGCAUGGACCUCCCGCCCGAGCGCCAGACAAAGGCGGAUGGCGCGGUUGCGCUGCCGACCACGUUGGAGGAAGCUUUGAAAGCCUUCGAAGCUGAUAGUUACCUGGUUUCCAAGCUCGGCCAGCGUUUCGUGCGGUGGUACGUGGAUGUAAAGCGAGCCGAGCUCAAGUUCAUCGAGGAGCGCCUGCGGGGUACCUCAAGCACGGACGAGGACAUCAGUGCUGCCUGGCGGGAGUUGUACUUCGAAUGUGUUUAA